CCAGUGUGCUCCAGUGUGGUUCAGUGUGCUCCAGUGUGCUCCAGUCGGCUCUACCGUCCAAACGCGGCAUUCCCAACUUGUUCAGUAUCACUCAGACGCGCCUACUUUUUUCUUCGUCACUUCAAUCCUCCGUCCCCUAUCAUUCAUCCAUUCGACUACAAUUAAUUCAAGGUGACAAGAGCGUGUUGUUAGCAGGUGGGUAACGGUGACGUGCCCGAGGCUGCGAAAAAAUAGGCAAUACAAAAGAGCGUCACACUACAUCUGAGUACAUCUGAAAAAGUAGGUGACAAACAAACGAAGCAAAAAGGAAAAGCAACUACAGAAAAAGAAAAAUAAAAAAAAACAUGACAUAUGCCAGACUGUGAAAAAUUUAUCAACGGCAUUAUAUAUGAAGAAAAAGUUGUCGAUAUGAAAUUGUGGCUUCAAUCUCGGAUUACUAGUGCUGGUUCACAAGAAAUAAUAAAAAGGACAGAAAAGGUGUAAAAACAUUGAGUGACGAAUAAAAGUAGAGUAAUAUGUCUUAAGACAUUGAAUAGAACGUGACGGCAUAUCGAGCCUCGAUGUAAAAACGUGAUGCAGAGACUAAAAUGUCAUGAAAAGACAUUUAAUUGGUAAAAACGAGGAGGUACAGGAGAUUAGCCCAUGAUAACUCCUUUUCAAGCCACUAGCCACUAGAAAAAAUUGAUGAUUGAUAGGCGUAACUGGUUGAAGAUUGGUUAAACUUUGAAGAUUGUAAGUUGGGAGGAGGAAUGCGACAGUUUCCACAGGCUUGAACACACUAAACGCUCCAAGAGUCAAUCUAUAACAGCGGGUUAAUGACAAUUGAAUAGUUCAAACGAAAAGAUGGAGAAUAAAGAUGGUGAAAAAGAUGAGAUUUGAUGGAUUGUAGUGGGAAUUGAUGCAGUCAGUCCUGCGGCAAGGAGCCAUCCAAGCUUGGUUUAAUCGUUCUAGCGUAAAGAGAACAGAGGGCAGCCUGCAAUCGAUACCCUGAGUACAUCAUAAUAAAUUCGAUGAGCAGUGUAAUUAUGGUGAGAUUCAUGGGGCUAGUUAAAUGGCAUUCAUUGACCCAGAUAGUAUCUUACCUUAAACCGAAAAUUCAACGACAAUGAUAAAUAUCCUUGCGUGACUAUGUAAAUAAUAGAAUGUAAAUGGGGCUAUUGCCCCACCACGUAGUUGAAAAAAAUUUUGAAACAGGCGAUAUUUGGAAUAUUGAAAUAUAAAUAAGACGUUAUUUAAGGUAAAGAGAAUUGAGAGCUAUAUGAAAUAUUGAAUUGAAGGAGCGUAAUGCCGUCACUGGAGGACAUCUACUAUCCAACGGAGUAUCCGUUCAACUCGACCAUUUGGCCGGACAUAUCAACAUCAUAUUACGAUAACGAUACUAAUGCAACCGAUACCGGUGGCAAUCAGUUCAUUUUACCAUGGUGGCGUCAAAUGAUCUGGACGGUUCUAUUCGUCGGUAUGAUCACUGUUGCAACUGGUGGCAAUCUCAUUGUUAUCUGGAUUGUUCUCGCUCACAAGAGAAUGCGAACUGUUACCAAUUAUUUUCUGGUAAAUCUCAGCAUAGCUGAUGCCAUGGUCUCCACCCUAAACGUUACAUUCAAUUAUUCCUAUAUGCUGAAUAGUCAUUGGACAUUCGGCAAUUUAUACUGCAAGAUCAGCCAGUUUAUCGCUGUUGUCACCAUCUGUGCAAGUGUUUUCACUCUCAUGGCCAUCUCCAUAGAUAGAUACAUGGCAAUAAUGAAUCCUCUGAGACCACGAAUGGGACGACGCUUAACACUCUUUGUCGCUAUUGCAAUUUGGAUUAUUGGCUGUAUACUUUCACUCCCCAUGCCCAUAUACUACACAACUUACACACAAACAUUUUCCAACGGUGAAGUGAGAGUUAUCUGUUACGGUAACUGGCCAAACAGGACUGACGAUGGACUCAGCUACGACGAAUACGUAUACAACGUUGUAUUCAUGAUCCUAACGUAUUUCUUACCAAUUGGCUCGAUGACAUUUACAUACGCCCGAGUGGGUCUUGAGCUGUGGGGCUCACAGAGCAUUGGUGAGGCCACUCAGCGUCAAUUGGACAACAUCAGGAGUAAACGGAGGGUGGUGAAGAUGAUGAUCGUGGUAGUGGUGAUAUUUGCAGUUUGUUGGCUGCCAUUUCACGUUUACUUUAUCGUAACUUCAUAUCUGCCCGAAAUCACCAAUGAACCGUAUAUACAGGAGGUCUUUCUCGCUAUUUACUGGCUCGCUAUGUCCAAUAGCAUGUACAAUCCGAUAAUCUAUUGCUGGAUGAAUUCGAGAUUUCGUCGUGGUUUCGCGCAAUUUUUCUCCUGGUGUCCUUUGGUGAGUGUUAGCCCAGAACCAGGGUUAUCGCGUUCAGAAGCGGUGACAUCACGAUACAGUUGCACCGGGAGCCCAGAUGGGCACAUGAGAAUAGGAAGAAACGGCACGGUGCGGAUUCCACUGCACCUGCAAUCAUCUCGUGGAAUGCAACUGGGAAACAACAACAAUCGUUUUCCAGCUCAUCACCGUGGUCGAGGUAGGCGAUGGAGGGCACCACAGCCCCGGGGUCACGUAUCUUGACAAGAAGAGGAUUCACAAGAACAACAACACCAACGAGUACACACAUGGAUAUGAGAUCGAUCCAAAAUAAAUAAGUUAAAAUUUAAUAAAUGUCUCUCAACGAUUCAAUAGGCCAUGCAGCCGUUUUUCACAGACUGGUACAAUGAACGAACUAGUUUAUCACCUGUUGCACUUUUUUUUUCCUUUAUUUUUUAUCAAUAUAGACAAAGGUUUACGUAUUUGGAUCAACGGACCAAUAAUCUUAAAUUCAAUCAAAAUCAUUUUCUAUUGUAAUUUGAAGAUAUUAUUAAUGUAAUUGGAAAAAAAAUAAUAAUACAGGGGUAAUAUUCGAUAGGUAAUAACUAAUAUGUGUGUACAUAUAUGCAAAUUGUGAGAACAAUCGAUGUUAACGUAAUGUUCUACAAGACGCCUAGGGAUCGGGGAAACAAAAACAAAGUGCUUGAUUAAUUCUUCUCCUUUAAUGUAUGUUAUUUGACGAGUGUCUUUCAAAUUGUUAUCAUUUGUAUAUUGGAGGAGCUUAUUUGAGAUUAUUGUGAGAUAAAAUAUUCGAUAGCAUGAUUGAAAUCAUUAUGUAUAUUUGGGACGAUGAUAAAAAUCGUGCCAAACAGAUGAUAUCAAAAAAUAUUCUCCAUCGAACUCAAUAAGAUUUUUCCAGUCCUCUUUCUACAUACUGUGACUUUUGUAUAGAUGAAAAAUGAACAAGAGAAUUAGAAAAUUCCGUCACCUUUUUUAGCUCAUACAAUCAUCACCUGAAUUUUCGUUUUCUUAGUUACAUAAACAUUAAAUUUAAUAGAUACAUUUCUCCAAUGCAAAUAGAAUCAAAUUAAAAGCAUGAUUAUGAAAAUUCUGGGAAAACCAAACGCUUUUUAAAUUUAAUACGAGGAAAUUUCUAGUCAUCAAGGCUAAAGAGUGUGACUAAUAAUAAGAAAUUAAACUUGUAGGAUAUGUGUAUUUUAACGUGUCACGGCAGAUGGAAGAAAUUGGAAUUAUUGAAAAGAAAUUGUGAAUAAAAAAUAUUAUAGGCAGCUCUGUGUGGAUCGUGGGGCUGUGAGGUACUGAGAUAGAACUUAACUGUCAUAAUUACGCGCCGUGAAUUGUGUACAUGAAUUUAAAAAAAUUUUGAUCCGAGAGCUAAAGGAAAGACAAACAACCAAAAUCUAUAUCUCCAUCAUUCUCAAUGACAUGUGUCAUUUUAUCUGCUAUGAUUGUAUCCUGGAUGAUGCAUAGUAAUAAAAGAAGUACCUAAUUUU